CCCCCUGCCCCUGCGCCCCCCCCGGCGUCCUGCCCCUGUGUCCCCGUGUGCCUCUGUGCCCGGCCCCACGGCCCCCGUUCCUGUGUCCCCGUGUCCCCCCGGCCCUGUGUCCUCAUGUCCCUCUGUCCUUAUGUCCUCCUAGCCCCGUGUCCCCCUGUCCCCGGGUCCCCAUGUCCACCUGUUUCCAUAUGCCCCGUCCCUGUGUCCUCAUGUCCCCCUGUCCCCAUAUCCCCUGUGUCUUCAUGUCCCCUGUCCCCAUGUCCCCAUCCCUGUGUCUCCACAUGCCCAUGUCCCCAUCCCUGUGUCUCCAUGUCCCCCUGUCCCCAUAUUCCCUGUCUUCAUGUCUCCAUGUGCCCAUGUCCCCAUCAUUGUGUCCCCAUGUCCCCGUUUCCAUAUCCCACAGCCCUGUGUCCCCAUGUCCCCAUCCCUGUCUCCAUGUGCCCAUGUCCCCAUCAUUGUGUCCCCAUGUCCCCCUGUUUCCGUAUCCCACAGCCCUGUGUCCCCAUGUCCCCAUCCCUGUCUCCAUGCCCCCCAGUCCCCAUCCCUGUGUCCUCGUGUCCCCCGUCACGGUGUGGGGCAGGGACCCCCACGCACCCAGGGCCCCAGACCCGGCACCGGGGGGGGCCCAGGCGUCCUGCCGGCGGGAGGGCCCCGCGGCAGCGGCGGUGGCCUGUCCCGUGUGCCGCAGCGCUGGAGGCCGGCUCCCCCGGCGGCGACGACUGCUUGGAGGAGGACGAGGACGAGCUGGAGCCGGGGCUGGACGAGGCGGAGGCCGAGGCCGAGCCGGGGCCCGAGAGCGGGGCGAAGGCGGCGGGGGCCCCCCGGGGCGCCGCGCUCACCCGCCGCGGCGUCACCCUGCGCGUGCUGCUCCGCGACGGCCUCCUCGAGCCGGCCCGCGGCGUCCUCUCCAUCUACUACCUGGGCAAGAAGUUCGUGGGGGACCUGGGGGCGGACGGGGCCAUCACGUGGCAGGAGACGGGGCAGGUGUUCGGCUCGCCCAGCGCCUGGGCCACCCACUGCAAGCGCCUGGUGAACCCCGCCAAGAAGUCGGGCUGCGGCUGGGCCUCCGUGCGCUACAAGGGCCAGAAGCUGGACCAGUACAAAGCCGCCUGGCUGCGGCAGCACCAGCCCCACGCGCCCGCCGCCGACGAGAGCCUGGCCAGCGAGGGAGAGGAGGACGAGCUGCCCGAGGAGGAGGAGGAGGAGGCGGCGCGGGAGGGCCGGGCGCCAGAGCCGGCCGCCACCAAGAAGCCGGAGGAGAGGAGCAAGAAGCAGCAGUGCCGGAGCCUGGCAGAGCAGCCGGCGGCAGAGCACGGCCCCCCGGGGAAGAGGCCGGAGAACAAGCCCCGGGUCCCCGUCCGCUACUGCAGCCUGGGCACCCGCGACUCGGCCAGGAACCCCCAGACGCUGGUGGAGGUGACGUCCUUCGCCGCCAUCAACAAGUUCCAGCCCUUCAACGUGGCCAUCUCCAGCAACGUCCUGCUGCUCCUGGAUUUCCACAGCCACCUGACGCGGAGCGAAGUGGUGGGGUACCUGGGCGGCCGGUGGGACACCAACACGCAGCGUAGGUACCGCCGCGGGGCUCCGCGGGCUGAGGGGGGGGACAGAGCCGCCCACCCCGCGCCCCCCCUUGCAGUGCUGACGGUCCUGCGAGCCUUCCCGUGCCGCACGCGCCUGGGCGACGCCGAGGCCGCCGCCGCCGUGGAGGAGGAGAUCUGCCAGAGCCUGUUCCUGCGGGGGCUCUCGCUGGUGGGCUGGUACCACAGCCACCCCUUCGGCCCGGCGCUGCCCUCGCUGCACGACAUCGACGCGCAGAUGGACUACCAGCUCAAGCUGCAGGGCAGCGGCAACGGCUUCCAGCCCUGCCUGGCCCUCGUCUGCGGGCCCUACUAUCACGGCAACCCCGGCGUGGAGUCCAAAAUCGCGCCCUUCUGGGUGAUGCCGCCCCCCGAGCAAAGGCCCAACGACUACGGCAUCCCCAUGGACGUGGAGGUGGCCUACAUCCAGGACGGCUUCCUCACCAACGACGUGCUGCAGGAGAUGACGCUGCUGGUGGAGUUUUACAAGGGGGCCCCGGACCUGGUGAAGUUUCAGGAGCUAUGGAGCCAGGAUCAGACCUACCUGGACAAACUGAAGGGCUCCCUGGCCGCCCGGACCCCCAAAGACCAGAGCUUCACCCACAUCCUGGAGCAGAUCUACAGCCUGCUGAAGCACAGCAGCUGAGGAGGGCCGGAGCCCGCGGCCGACGCGGACCAGGUGCCUUUCCAGCAGCCCGGGCUCGGCUCCGCGCACGGGGCUCGGCCGGGCCGGUGUGGGGCAGCGCCGCGGGGACGCCCCACCGCCCGCGAGCUGGCCCGA